AUGGCAGAAGCCCAAGCAACCCUCGGCAACUGGAGAGAUGCGCCUCACAGUCAAUGGGGCUUCGCGAACGUCGACAAGAUCAUUUUGACGGAAGCGAUCAAAGCGUCCAAACAGCCGAAGGCGUUUGAGGACGAGAAAAAGUCAUUCAACGACUUCAAGAUCCGUCUGUUGCAGAUACCCAUAUUGUCGCUAUCGUCGUACCUGCAACACACCAGCACCGAUGGCAUUGUUGUGCUGCAUAAGGGUACCGUGGGCUACGAGCACUAUGACCACGGCAACACGGGGACAACGAAGCACAUACUCAUGUCAAUUACCAAGUCGGUGACAGGGCUCAUAACCGGCAUACUGUCAGAAAAGGGCGUGAUCGACCUGAACGCACCCAUCAAGCAAUACGUACCGGAAGCCAGCAGCAUCUUCGAUGACGUGACCGUCCAGCAAUGCCUCGACAUGAGCUCCGGCAUCAAGUACAACGACAACAUCCCCGAGUACCGCGGUGCAGCAGGCUGGGCUCCAUUACCGCCGGACGCUAAGGCGUUAACCUUGCACCAUUUCCUUAGUACGGUCGAGGCCCCUACCACUGGUCCAGGAUCGGCCUUCAACUACUGCUCCCUCAACACAGAUCUGCUGGGCUGGGCUCUUGAAAGAGCGUCAGGCAGGAAGUUAGCGGAACUGAUUACUGAGCUCUUAUGGCAGCCACUGGGCGCGGAGAGCGAUGCUUUGCUGACGGUUGACUCCGAAGGCAGUCCCAGAAACGCAGGCGGCCUUUGUGCGACCGUGCGUGAUCUGGCGCGCCUUGGUCAACUUGUGGCAGAGGGUGGCCGCGGUAUCGUCCCUCCCGGAUGGAUUGAUGACAUGCUGAAUGGUGGCGACAAGGCAUUGUGGUCGAAAGGGGCGUUCGCGCCGAUGUUUUAUGGCAACUACUCCAGCGUCGCUUACCGAUCGUGCUGGUACGCGGACAGCGAGACUGCGACGCUGAUAGCGAUUGGAAUCCAUGGCCAGCAGCUGAUGGUUGACGUGAAGAACAACAUUGUGAUGGCCAAGACUGCAUCGCAAGCUGAUCCUGUCAGUGGGAUGAACAUUGUCGCGAACGUGCUAGCUUUCAAGGAGUUUCGACGGAUCUUGUUGGGGUAG